AUGAAGAAGCUUCUCUGGACCAUUUUACUCCCAAAUCUACAGGCAGAAGAGUCCUGUAUAAAAAAUUUAAAUAUUUUUCACGAUGAUAUUUUGGAAGAAAGGGCUGAAGAACUUUCUAAAAUCAUUCAAGAAAAAAUGGUCGGCCAUGAACCAUUCCACAUCAAACGGAAGAACAAUAUCUUAAGAGGACUAGAAUUCAGUCUUCUUCGAUUGGAAAGUCUAAUGAAAGAGACCGAAAAUGACAGUUCGCACUGGGUGUUUCUUACUAACAAGGAAGGAGACAUCACUACUUUGCAAAAUGAAACCCGCGUCACAGUUGGUAACUUUCGCAAUUCUUCUCAGUUUCGAUCUCCUGCCAGGCAAUUCUUGGAAGAAGACAUGGAAAAUUUCGCCUCCCACGUCGCCUCAUUUUUGUUGAAAAACUGCCCGGACUCGCAAUUACGUACAGUGAAGAAAGAAACAACAACAAGCAGUACAGUCGUGUGUAACUGUAAUCAUGAAUGUGCGGUCGAUGGAAGCUGUGUUUGUUUUGAUGGAUUUGCGCUGAACACUGACCUGAAUCUCUGUUUCAAAAAAGAUGUUCAGAAGCCAACCCUCACCAUUUCGGAGACAAGCGUUACUUCAGUUUCCGUGUUGAUAAGACUGGCAAGUGACUUCGCCGAUUACGUGGACGAAAUAAGAACAAAGACUUCCCUCGACCUCGAACCCCGCAGCAUCAUCGCGAAUUCGACCGAAAUCGUUUACGAAAUAAAUGAUGUUCAGCCUGGAUCAUCCUUCACUCUCUCAGUCAUCUUAUCCGAUGAAAAUGGAAUAGAUCUUGCUAAUUCGACACUUCAAAUUGACAUGCCCGUACCACAACUUUCCAUGGAUAUUUCAGACAUCACAGAAACUUCAGCGAGAUUCGAAUUUACAUCUUCAGUACCAGCUGUCAGUUCGGACGGAAAGAGUUUCAAAAUUUCAAAUGUGCUUGACAAAAAGGACUCGUACGAAAUUGCUCUUGAGCCGGAGCAGCGCUCAUUGUCCCUCAAUGGGGCCACUUAUGGGCUCACUCCCUUGUCUCCGUAUGACGUCGUGAUUGAGGAAAAAAUCGGAGAUUUCAUCGUUCGAUACAACUCUUCCUUUACGACUUUGAAUGCGACAAUCAUUGUUGAAGAGCAAAAAUCUUCGUUUGAAAGUCUACAAUUAAAAUGGCGAGGAUUCCAGAAUGAAACGCUUUUGAAGAUAUCUGACAACUUCGGAUAUGCUAAGGAAGUCAUUUCUACACAAGACAGUGUCAUUAUUUCAGGCUUGAUUCCCGAGAAUGAAUACAAAAUCGAGCUCUUCCAGUCGCUCAGAAGCUUCACUGCGUCUACUAACCACCCAAUCAUCCUCAAAACCCAGCCAAUAAUCUUCACCGCCGCUGUUGAAAACCUCACUGCUUUUGGCGGCGAAAUAAACUUGAAAAAAGCCUUCGAAAACGACUUUGAGUUCAACUCAGUCUUCAAAAACUUGCUCCUGAAUAUCUCUCGUGAUGAUGAUGGAAUGUCGACAACGACUCGGUUUUACAAAAUUGAUGAUAUCGAUAAGUUGUUUGUUUUGGAGGAUUUGCUUCCUGAGUCCAAAUAUCACCUCAACAUUCGCGGAACUUUGAUCAAUGGAAAUCGACCAUACAAGUUGUCGACAAUUAUUUUCACCACUUCUCCUCCCGAUCCAAAGUUCUUUCCGACAAUUUCUUCAGAUUCAAUCACAAUAAAAUUUGAAGACAUUCAAAUUUCCGGCGCGUAUAUCGAAUCUUCUUCAACAAAACCGAUGAUACUCACGAAUCCCGAUUUCUAUCGCACGCUCAGCCUGACACUAGACUUUACGAAGAAUGAGAUCUUAGCAAAUAAUCUUCAACCAGGAACUGAAUAUGUUAUCACUUUGCAACAGAAAGAAAGGGAAGAAAUAAAACUCACUUAUACGACUGAAACAAUCGACACGACAACAACAACGACGACUACAACGACAGCUACCUCAACAUCAUCAACGACAAUUGAAAUCUCAAGAAAAACCCUUCUACCGAUCUCGACCAACUCUCAAUCAACAACGACAACGGGAAAAACAACAUCAACAACACUCCCAGAAACAACAACAAAAGAAGAAAUUGUGACAACAACAAUGGAAAGUAUCUUGGAAGAUUUCAUUUCCGAGACACGAGUUCAAGCCGAAACAAUUCAAAAAGAAUUUAAACCCGAUUUUGAUUUCAUUGAAGUCGAAAAAUCACAAACAGACGAAGAACUUUGCAGUUCCGACGAUGCUAGCUUCUUUGACUUCUGCGAUGAUCUUCUUGAUCAAAAAAAUAUGCCAACGACGACCGAGGAAAUGUCCAGAACUGCCAGAACACUUCCUAUUGGAUACUCGCCCGGAAAAGUUGAAGUCGGAAAGGUCCAGUCGUUGGCAGAUGUAAGUUCGCUUGACUAUUUGAAAGAAGGGUCGGGUCAGGAAGAAAGCAAUGACGCCAGUGUCGUCAUUUUCCUGGACGAGCUGGACCUAACAACCUCUAAACCUGCUCCUACUAAAACAUCAACAACAAUCGUUCCGACAACCAAAAAACAAGCGAAGGGAAAAUCCCACUCUCGUAAAAAUCACCGAAAAGGUCACCUUCCCCAGCAUGAACCCACCACUAAAACACCUGAGAUUCAAUCUGAGCCUGAGUUUUCUCCGAUAUCAAACUCCUUUGAUUCUGACGAAAGCAUGGUUGAACCAACAGUAAUCCCUGUAAAUAUGGAAAUGAUUAAUGCCGAGGCUGAUCAAAGCAUGCAAAUUAAUGAGAUCAAACGAGAAAAAGAAAUGAUGAGUAUUAUCACAGCAUCACUCGCUGGAGUUGGUGGAUUAAUCCUUGUGGUGUUCUUUGGACUAUUGUUGGUCCAUAGAAUUCGAAAAUCGGACCAGGGAUCGUAUUUUAUUCCCUGGGAAUCGGCUAAAACAAGUGGCGGACUCUCCUUUAUCGAUGAUUCUCGAACAAGUACAGUAACAGGAGAAGAGCUACCAGAAGCGAUCAGUUCUCUGACCCCAUUUUUGAACCGGAAAGGCCUGGACUUUUCGAAUCCAGACACUGUCGAAGUCAAAAACUUUGAUGACAUUUAA